AUGCGGGACGGCCAUCUCAACCCCGCGCGCGUGCACAAGCCCCCCCAUCGGACCACCGACUCCACCGACACCGCCGCCAACACGAAUGCCAACCCCGCAGCAAGCGGCAGCGGCAGUCCGCUAGUAAUCCUCAUCCACGGCGGCGGCUACUGCGCCGGCACCUACGAGCAGGCGACCCCGCUCGCGCGCAUCCUCGCGCGCACCUACAACGCCACCGCCAUCACAAUCUCGCACCGUUUCGCGCCAGACCACCCCUUCCCGACGCCCGCGCACGACGCCAUCGACGCGGUGGCGUGGCUGGCAUCGCACGCCGCCGACAGCGGCAUCGGCGCAGACACAGCCGCGGGGUUCGUCGUCGGGGGCGGGUCGUCGGGCGCCUCGCUUGCGGGCGUGGCCGUGCAGGCGUGGCUAGAUGCAGGGAAGGAACCGAGGGUCUCGGGCGUGUGGCUGCAGAUGCCGAGUUUCCUCGACCCGAGUAUCGUGCCCGACAAGUGGAAGACGCUGCAUUUCGCGCGCGAGCAGAACGCGGCCGCGCCGGUCCUGAAUGCCGAGUCCCUGGCUUAUCUGAAGGAGCUGUAUCGCGCGGACGUGGGGUCUGCGCUGUUUUCGCCGGUGGGGUCGGGGGGGUUUUUGACAGAGGGGAGGAUGAUGCCGAGGACUUACAUUAUGGUGUGCGGCAUGGAUCCGGUGAGGGAUGAUGGGUUGGUGUAUGAGAAGAUGUUGCGGGAGAAGGGCGUGCUGACGCGCUUGGAUGUGUAUGCCGGGGUGCCGCAUGGGGUGGGGCUGUUUGCGAAGGCGGGGCUGGAGAAGGCGAAGAGGGCCGAGAGGGAUGGCGUGUUGGCGUUCGGGUGGUUGUUGGGGAGGGAGGUGGGUGUGGAGGAGGUGCAGAGGGCUGUUGAUGGUGCUUGA